AUGGCGGCGGCCAAGCCCGGGGCGCAGGGCCGGGCCUCGGGCCCCACGCUGCUGGUGCUGCCGCCGCCGACGCUGCUGCAGCCGCCCCCGCCCCCGCCGCCGCCGCCGGAGGAGCCGGGCUGCGCCGGCUGCCGGGAGCCCCCGCGGGAGGCGGCCGCCCUGCCCUGCGGCCACUCGCUGUGCAGAGGCUGCGCCCGCCGCGCCCGCGGCCCGGGCUGGGCCGGCCGUCGGAGCCGCGACGACGGCCAGGCCGGCGCCGAGGUGCGCGCCCGCCGCCCGCCGGAGCGCUGCCGCCCGCGCCGGGACGGGGCCGGGGGCGCGGCCGCCGCGGGGCCCAGGCCGGAGCCGGAGCCGCGCGCCGCGCCCGCGGAACCAGAGUUUAUAUUCAGAACACCAAUCAAAUUAAGCAAGCCUGGGGAACUUCGUGAGGAAUAUGAAAGCCUGAGAAAGCUGAAAGAAGAAAAGUUACAAGAGGAGAAAACUUCCGAAGAUCAAAUCCACAAGCUGUUACCAGAGGACACGGAAACAGGGAAAAGGAAGAUGGACGAACAGAAAAAAAGAGAGGAGCCGUUAGCACUGAAAACAAAUCUGGAGUGUUGCCCUGCGCGCCUCUCAGAUUCGGAGAAUGAAGAGCCUUCCCAAGGCAAGAUGGCACAGACACAUCGCUCUGCGUUUGUUUCUAAGAACAGCUCCUACUCCCUGGCUUUCCUGGCAGGGAACCUAAAGGUAGAAAGGAGCCAGAGCUGCAGUGACACUGCUCAGGACAGAACGAGGAGCAGACUCCGAGCAGCCCCGACCAGCAAAGCCAAGGUCACAACUAUAACCCCAACCUCCAACCCCGUCAUUGGUGUCCUCUUGUCCACCCAGAACCACCGCUGCCUCUCCGCCCCCGACUUGGCCAUCGAGAAGCGUCUGCCCUUCAGCUCCCUCUCCUCCCUGGCUUCCCUGCACAAGCCCGAGCGCUCCAUCAGCCCCGAGAGCAACGACAGCAUCUCCGAAGAACUCAACCAUUUCAAGCCCAUCGUCUGCUCGCCGUGUACUCCUCCCAAGAGACUCCCCGACGGCCGUGUGCUGAGUCCCCUCAUCAUCAAAUCAACACCCCGCAACCUCACCAGAAGUCUACAGAAGCAGACAUCUUACGAGGCCAGUCCACGGAUCCUCAAAAAGUGGGAGCAGAUCUUCCAGGAGCGACAGAUCAAAAAAACCCUUUCGAAAGCCACCCUCACCUCCUUGGCUCCGGACACAGGGGAAGAUGUGCUCGUUUCUGAAGUCAUCCAUUCUAGCAAGGAGAGGCCGCGGCUGGCUUUAAACACAAGACUGUCCCGCGGGCAUGUGCUCUCGGAGUGUGUUGGACCGGCCCCCGCUGACCCGGACUAUUUCCCCUCUGGUAGCCAAACAAAAGCACAAGAGGGCAGCGAGCGGAAAAGGAGCACUGAGGUCCCAUUGGAAACCUGCUGCCCUUCAGGACUCGGAGCGGGAGCCAGUGGGACUGCCGUGAGAGAGAAGUUUGAAGGGUCAGGGUCAACCCCAGAUGCCAAGCUAGACAAAACUUGUGUAAGCACAGCCAUGAAAAUCUCGGCGGUGAAUUCAGUGAUACCCAAAGACCAUGUUCCAGGCGAGGUCCUCAAAACAAAGAGACAGCUGAAGCCAGUGAAUCAUUUCGAUCUGCCCAAUGGUGUUGUGGCAGACGACCGAGGCGAGGAGCCACUGCCUGCCUUGCGUCGGGGCCGGAAAAGACACUGUAAGACCAAGCACUUGGAACAGAAUGGGUCCCUCAAGAAACUGCGACACAGCAGCGGCGAGUCGGGCCCGGCCCCGGCAGACCCGGUCCUGCGAGGGAUGGAGCAGAAACUGCAGCAGGAGGAGGAAGACAGGCGGCUGGCCCUGCAGCUGCAGCGCAUGUUUGACAGCGAGCGGCGGACUGCGAGCCGGCGGAAAGGAAGCGUGGAUCCGUAUCUCUUACGGUCCAGCAGCAUGGCCGGGGCCAAGUAG